UUGAUGGGCUGUAGACCCGGCCAGGCUUGGAAUGCUUCCCCCCACCAAUUUUCUUUCGGUGCUCCGGUGAAAGCCAUGGCCGCGACGCUAACGACUGCCUUCUCUCUCUUCCGGUUUUCUCGGGUUCUUCGAGCUUAUGCGAUUCCAAAACCCUUCUCCAAGCUCUCGAUUGAUGUUCUCCGAGCUCCCUCAUAUUCGUUGCGGCCGGAGAGAUGCGUAUGCCAUAUUACUGCCUCAGUCAAUGAAGAAGCUUCUGCCAAAGCAGCUGCAGCCAGUGUAGAUAACGGAGGUCCCACCAUAUUUGACAAGAUUAUAGCAAGGGAAAUUCCUUCGACUAUCAUCUAUGAGGAUGAUAAAGUUUUGGCUUUUCGAGAUAUUAACCCACAAGCUCCUGUACAUGUUUUACUCAUCCCAAAGUUUAGGGAUGGGUUGACCCAGCUAGGGAAGGCUGAAUCAAGGCAUGCUGAGAUCUUGGGUCAUCUGCUUUAUGCUGCAAAAGUAGUGGCCGAGAAGGAAGGCAUAGUGGAUGGGUUUCGAGUUGUUAUCAACAAUGGUCCUGAAGCAUGUCAAUCGGUGUACCAUCUACAUUUACACAUACUGGGAGGAAGGCAAAUGAAAUGGCCUCCUGGUUAAAUUGGAUGUUUCUUUGUUCUUUUCAAAUUUGUGGAGGGUUCUUCAUUUGUUUCUAGUUCCCCUUGUAAUUUAUGUAAUCGCAGUUCAUGGAAUCGAUCAAGAUACUCAUAGAUAAGCUGUUGUUGGAACCUUUCAGAUUCUUUUCCAAUUGUUUGCCAACCUAGAAUCAACCUUUCAUCUUUCUCA